AUCUCCAUUUUGAAGAAAGGAACAGAGCCCUGGACUGUGGAGAACAAGAUGAAAAUAGCAAAAAAUCCAGUUUUGGAGUUUAUGAGGCCUGCAUGCCUUCUACUCGUUCUCCUAUGUUGGAAACAUUCUUUGUUACCUGGGUUGACUUCUCAAGACUGAUCUUGCCUGAAAAUGAAGCUGGGAGGAAGAAGAAAAAAAGAGGCAUCCAGCAUGGCUCUUCCCCAGGGACUGUUGACAUUCAAGGAUGUGGCCAUAGAAUUCUCUCAGGAAGAGUGGGAAUGCCUGGACCCUGCUCAGAGGGCUUUAUACAGGGACGUGAUGUUGGAGAACUACAGGAACCUGGUCUCCUUGGGAAUCUCUUCUUCUGCUAUAAAUAUUAUCUCCAUUUUGAAGAAAGGGACGGAGCCCUGGACUGUGGAGAACAAGAUGAAAAUAGCAAAAAAUCCAGUUCUUCCACAGAGCUCGUGUAUCUGCAUCCACCACCGAGUAAACAAAACUCAGUCCAGGAUGUCUCUCCUGCACGUGUUAUCAGGAAAUUAUCGCCAGAAGAGAUCAUUAAUAAAGGAGAGUUCCACAAGACAGUGAUGUUGGAAAGACAUGAAAGUUAUGGCAUUGAGAAUUUUGACUUCAAAAAAGUCAGGGAAAAUAUAGAUGAGUUUGAGAGUCAUUGGGCAGGUGAUGAAAGAAAUGACAAAGGAGUGACCAUGACCCAUAACAAAAACCUCAUUUUUAGAAGAGAACCACAUAAUAGAAGAGAUGAAGGAAACAAGUAUAUGACAUGUGUUGAAAAUAAGAUUGGACCCAGCCUUCAGUCACAUCUGGCUGAACUGCAGAGAUUUCAAACAGGAGAGAAAAUGUAUGAAUGUAAUCAGGUAGAGAAGUCUAUCAACAAUGGAUCUUCAGUUUCGCCACUUCAAAGAAUUCCUCCUAGAGUCAAAACCAACAUUUGUAAUAAAUAUGGGGAGGUUUUCAUGCAUCCUUCAUUGCUUACAUUAUACCAGAAAACACACAUUACACAAAAAAUGUACAACUGUAAUGAAUGUGGGGUGGAUUUUAGCCAAAGGUCAAUGUUUGCUAAUCUUCAGAUAAUUCAUUCUGUGCAGGAACUUUACAAAAGUAAUGAGUGCACCAAAGCCUUUAAGUGUGGAUCAAUCAUCACUAAUACCAGAGAGAAACCAUAUAAAUGUAAGGUAUGUGGCAAGUUCUUUUGUCAGAAUUCAAACCUUGCAAAUCAUCUGAGAAUUCAUACUGGAGAGAAACCUUACAAAUGUAAUGAGUGUGGCAAAACCUUUAGGUGGCGCUCAGUUCUCACUAAACAUCAUAGAAUACAUACUGGAGAGAAACCACACAAAUGUGGUGUUUGUGGCAAGGCUUUUAUCCAUAGAUCAAACCUUGUGGAACAUCAGCGAAUUCAUACUGGAGAGAAACCUUACAAAUGUAAUGAAUGUGGUAAGGCUUUUAUCAAUAAUUCAAGCCGUGUGGAACAUCAGAGAAUUCAUACUGGAGAGAAACCUUACAAAUGUACUGAUUGUGGCAAAGCCUUCAAGUGCAGCUCAAAUCUCACUAGCCAUCAGAGAACCCAUAACGGAGAGAAAUUAUUUAAAUGUGAUGUAUGUGGCAAGGUCUUUAGUAAGAAUUCAAGCCUUUUAACUCAUUAUACAAGUCAUACUGGAGAGAAAUCUUACAAAUGUAAUGAAUGUGGUAAGGCUUUUCUUCAUAAUUCAAGCCUUGUGGAACAUCAGAGAAUUCAUACUGGAGAGAAACCUUACAAGUGCAAUGAGUGUGGCAAAGCCUUUAGGUGGCGCUCAGUUCUCACUAAACAUCAUAGAAUACAUACUGGAGAGAAACCACACACAUGUAGUGUGUGUGGCAAGGCUUUUAUCCAAAGAGCAAACCUUGUGAAACAUCACCGAAUUCAUACUGGAGAGAAACCUUACAAAUGUAAUGAAUGUGGUAAGGCUUUUAUCAAUAAUUCAAACCUUGCAGAACAUCAAAGAAUCCAUACUGGAGAGAAACCUUACAAAUGUACUGACUGUGGCAAAGCCUUCAAGUGCAGCUCAAAUCUCACUAGCCAUCAGAGAAUCCAUAAUGGAGAGAAGCCAUAUAAAUGUAAUGUAUGUGGCAAAGUCUUUAAUACAGAUCAAGCCUUACAACUCAUCAUAGAAUUCAUACUAGAGAGAAACCUCACAAAUGUGAUGAAUGUGGCCAAACUUUUGUCCAAAUUGCAAGCUUUGUGGAACAUCAAAGAAUUCAUAUUAGAGAAAAACCCCACAAAUGUAAUGAAUGUGGUAAGGAAUUCACCAUGUGUUCAUACCAGUUGGUUCAUGAGGAAAUACCUACUGGAGAGAAAACAUACAAAUGUAGUGAGUGUUGGGAAGCCUUAAAUAUGGGUGACCCCUCGCUAAAUAUCAGAGAAUCCAUUACAGAUAGAAAUUAUAUAAACGUUAAGUAUAUGGCAGAACCUCUGGGUAGUGCAGAUGGUUAACUGCCCUCCCGAUAACUGAAAGUUUGGAAGUUCAAGUCCACUCAGAGCAACUCAGAAAAAAGGCCCAGUGAUCUACUUUACAAAAAUCAGGGAUUGAACUCCUUGUAGAGCACACUUGUACUCUGACACCCAUGGGGUUUACAUGAGUCAGAGUUCAACUGAUGGCAGCUGGUAAUGUGUAUGGCAAAGGUCAAGCUUUAAAUUUGCACCUCCUGUUAUUUUCUCCUUCCACCCACUUUAUCCCAAUUUGUAUAUUUUGUGUAUCUUCCCUGUGUUGCUCCAAUGAAAAAUAAUAGAGAAUAUAUAAAUCAAGGGUUUCUUUUUUUGAGAGUUGUGACAUAAAACUGCACACAGGGAAAUAGAUACAAAGUAUAUGCUCUAUAAGUAUGAAGAACAAGAGCCCCUUAAGUCUUUAGUUCAGAGAAAUAAUAUGAAAAGAUCAAUUUUUAUGAGAGUCCCCUUAAGAAUGAACAUACACAAUGGAUUUGUGUGUGUAUAAAAACAAGGAACUUUACAUAUUUGGAGCCGUGGUGGUGUAGCAGUUCGAAUCCACCAGCAGCUCCUUGGAAACCCUUUCAGGCAGUUCUACUCUGUCCUAUAGGGCUGCUACGAUCGACUCAGUGGUAACGGGUUUUGGUAUUAUGUAUUUACUUCUAAAAUAAUUUUUUUGUUAUUUUUCACUAGUGGCCAAUCAACAGGAAUAGGAUAGACUGGUUUUCCUAGGACUGUUGUAAUAAAGUACCACAUUUCUGAAAACCACAGAAAUAUAUUCUCAGUUCUGGUAGCUAGAAGUCCAAAUCAAGGUAUUGGCAGGGUUGGGUCCUGUGGAGGAUUCUAAGGGAAAGUCUGUUUAUGCCUCGCCUGGAUUCGGGUGAUGGCCAAUAAUCUUUGACAUUCCUCGGCUUGUACAUACGUCAUUUCAAUCUGUGCCUCCAUUUUUACAUGGCAUUCUCUAUAUGUGUCUUUUCUUAUAAGGACACCAGUCAUAAAGAGAUUAGGGCCCACCCUUGUGAUCUUAACUAAUUACAUCUGUUAAUGACCCUAUUUCCAAAUGUCAUAGUCACAGAUACUGGGGUAAAGAACAUACCUUCUUGGGGUCACAAUUUAGCAUACAACAGAAGCCCCAUCAGAAUUUGGUUUGGAUACCAAAAUUGAUGAUGCCUCAUAUCCAUGGUGUAUGAGAAUAUUUAUUACAAAAUGAGAGCAGGGGAGGGUGCCUUGCUUGGAUUUUUAGGGUGGUUAGGGGCUUCAGCUUAUGUGAGGGUAAAUGUAUGUGGUUUUAACUUCCUUGUGGCACCAAAGGAGAGAACAGUUGGGCUUUUUUUAGCAGCUUGCCCAGAUGUGGAGCACAAGGGAAAGAGAGAGUGGGUGAAUCUCAAAUGUUGUCAGUCAAGCAUCAAAAGUGGAGUCAAAUUCUUUAAUACAACACUGAAUGUUUUCUCUUGAAGUUCCUGACUCCUAGGUUGGGAAAGACAACAAUUUUCUUCAUGUGAGUAGUUUAAUCCAUGCCCUUUUCUACUGCACACAUGAGACCCUUCACACAGGAUUGUUGACAGUGCUUGUGAAAUACUGUUUAGAUAAAUUGCCUUAGAUACUUUUAUAGUUUCAUGAAAAUAAGCUGUGUGGAAGUGUUCAUUAAGUUAUAAAUAAGUAAUUUUACUAGAAAAAUUUUUCGAAGGCUAUGAAAAUGUCAAUUUGAGAUUACUGUAUUAAGGAAUAUGUUACAAAUUUAUUUUUCAAUUCCCUGCCUUCAAGUAGCUUAUAUUCUGGGUAAAGUCACCAAUAAUUGAAUAAAAUGGAAGUACAGUGAAGGUGUGCAUUUUAGGGAGUAGAGCAUAGCAAGGUGUACUAAUUUAAAAAGUGUGUUCAGGGUAUGUCUGUAUGAUGAAGGUUAUAUUUGAACAGGACCCUGAAAAGACUGAAGCAUUGGGCCAGCCAGCUACAAGGCAGGAAAGGCAAUAAGUCCUGCUCCAGUUCAAAAUCUUACAUGUGAUCAUUCAGGCCUUACCAUAGGUGAUGAUGUAGCUUUGCCAGGUAGGCUUCAUUGUGGGAAGCUGCUUUGCCCUCACCAGUCUUGGUACAUAGCCAGUGCAUUGUUGUUUUCUGGAGGAAGUUGCUGUCAAGGACUCACCCCACCCACCUUCAGACCAGCCAUGCUCAUACGCAUUUUUCAGGUGCCACAGCUGAGACCUGGGAGCCGUAGCUGAGACAUUUUUCUCCACUUUCAGUACAUUUCUACUCCCAACCCUUCACCUCACACUCCUCCUAACCCAGAUGAAUGGUUUUUUCACAGUUCAUUGGCAGUGAGAUGAUUCCUCUCCAUCUCUGCUGCAUCCACCUGAUGCUCUCCCAAUGCUGUUCCAUGUGGGGGAAAAUGGAACACUGGGGAGCUAGCACAUCAUUCUGCCUCUUAUUAGCACUAUCGCAGUUAGUAAUUAAAGACUCGGUUAUUGUAGGUUGGCUAAUUGUCCUAAUUGAACACCUGAUUGCUCGAUGAAAGGCAGUUAGGUAGAGGACAUAUUAGGAGGAAAUUCCCAGAAUAGGAAUAUAACAAUGAUUGAAUAACUUAGAGGAUUAUUACGUGUGUUUGUGAGGAGUGUGGUAUUACAUUUCUAUUAAAGACAUUUAAAAAUGGAGAUAUAUUGUGGUUUCUACUUUUUUUUUUUUUUAACUUAAAAGUCAAGGCCUAUGUAAACUGGUUUUGUAUAUUUUUGCUUGUUGGUGAUUCUUAACAAAUCCUCUGGAAAGGUUAAGAUAUAAGUUGCUGUCGGGUGCUGUCAAGUCAGUUUUUUACUCAUAACCCCAUGUGACAAGAGUUAAAAACUGCGCCAUUGGGUUUUCUAGACUAAUCUUUAUGGGAGCAGAUUGCCAGGCCUUCUGUGGAGCUGUUGGGCAGGUUGGAACCACUAACCUUACAGCAGUUGAGCACUUAACUGUUGCACCACCAGGGCUUCUUAAGAUUUAAGUAGUGGAUCCAUAAUCAUGAUGACUUGUUUUGGGAAUGCAUGAACAAGUUCCUUUAAGGCAGCCUCAAUAAUGCCUGGGGGACAUUGAUAGAGGGAAGGGGUGAGAGUAUAGAGAAUU